GAGAAAGGAGGAGGGGUCGGCAGACGGCAAAGCAGGAGAGGGAGGGAGAUAGAGGAGGAAAAAGGAGUGGCUUUCUGUAGAUAGGCGCCCCUUGCCACCAGAGUAAAGUCUUCUCUCAGAGGCAGCUCAUGGGAGUGAAAAUAAAACAGAAAAAUUGACACACAGAGCAGAAAAGAAGAAAAGAAGAAGAUAAAGGCCUGCAUUUGUUCCAGGCUUUAUCAGGGUUUCAUUCCACCAUGGCAUCAGCAGCUCCCCAAAAAAGGAUGGUCUCCUCCGUCUUCAUCACGCUGUCGUCCCCUCACAGAGCCACAGUGACACAGCAGAAGAAACCUGCCCUCCAAACGCAGAGUAGCUCGGCUCCAAACAGACAGCACACCUUUGCCAGAGCCAGCCCCGAAGAUGACAACCUUGCUGUUCUCAGGCAUAAAACAGAGGAUCAGUCACCACCUCACACCCACGACAGACACUGGACUCAUGAAGGGCCGCGAACCAAAGCCUCAGACUCACAGAGUCAACCCCAACCUGCCCAAACAGGACGACCGAAAGCAGAGGUGCAGGAGACAAAUGGGAGAUCUGCAGAGCUCUUCCCUCCCCCUCCUCCUCCUGAUGUGCUACCUUCAUCAUUUUCUGAGGACUCAGCACUCCCUCCACCUCCUCCAUGCCUAACAUCUUCACUUGAUCCACCGAGUCCCCACCAGCAGUCACUUUCCAACAAAGAGGUGCAUGCUGCCUCCUCACCGUCCAGAGGCUCAAAUGGUGAUGACGAGGCUAUUGCUAUUCACAAAAACAGUCAUGACAUGACCACAGAGAGCAAAGCAGAUUUGUGUGGCUUCUGUCGGAAACCCAUGGCUCUUUCUGAACCUGCUAUAGAAGCCCUGAACAGGAUUUAUCAUGAGGGCUGCUUCCAGUGUAGAUCCUGCCACAUUCCCCUGGCUGGGAAACAUUACUACAACAAGGCAGGCAUCCCACUUUGUGAAGACUGCUAUCAGGCCAGUUUGGAGCUCUGUUGGUCGUGCGGGGAAGUUAUUACAGAUCAGAUAAUCCGUGCAAUAGAGAGAACGUACCAUCCAUCCUGCUUUACCUGCACAACAUGUAAGCAGCAAAUAGGAGCACAGGCCUUUGCUCAGGGGGAGGUCGGUGAAGUGUACUGCCUGCAGGACUACUACAGGAAAUAUGCUCCAAAGUGUAGUGCCUGUGACCAACUCAUCAUUCCUAAGGAAGAUGGUACUGAUAGCUACACUGUUGAGUGUCUGGGGCACUCCUACCAUGAGAACUGCUACAGAUGUGAGGUCUGCGGCAUCCAGCUCUCCCCUGAACCAAACGAGCACGGCUGCCAUCCAUUGGAGGGGAAAUUGUUGUGCAAAGCCUGCCACGUGAACCUGGUGUCCGUGCAGCAGUAAUAUAAGUCAAACUAUCGGAAAGCAAUAAACACUCCAUAUUCAGACAAA